AUGGACGAUAUGGAUGGACGCAGAGACUCCCGCGAGGAGGUGAUACCGGAUGCAUCCGCUGAAGUAGGAAGGACGUACGACAACGUUGAGUCACCUGUGCCGGGCAACGGCUUUGGCGAACACGACGUCCCGGUGUUCUCCCCCAAAUGUCCGAUGGCAGAAAUGGAAAAGGAAGAACCCAAGGGUAGCGAUGUUGAAAUGGGAGAACGACGUCAGUCCAACUUCGGUGCUGACGCCUCUGGACUGACACCAAGCCGUGGUGAUGUGUCAACAGGCGACUACGUCCGCCCGGAGGUUACCAUUGGCACCUUCCAGCGCGACUUCGAAGACGAGGAAGAGGAGGAGGAUCGCUUGUUCAUGAACCCCCUAGACCCAAGAAUUGAUGACCACCAAUACAGGCUUCGCAUGUUUGCCAUUUUCGGGUUCCUGCCAUUCUUCUGGGUUGGGUGGCUCGUCGGCGCCAUAUACGGUUGCGUGAAGAAGGGAACCAAGCCUAUCCACAAGAAGCUGACGGUGUUGCUCUCGCAACUUACAUUCAUCGUAGGAGUGCUCAUCACGGUGCUAACUUUGGCGAUAUACUUCACAUUGCCGGUAACGAAGCAGGAUAACCUGGUAAUCCAGAUGCAGCCUUUGAUACCAUCUGGCCUCACUGCUGGUGUACCUUUACUGGAGAAAUCCAAGAAAUGUGGAGCGCUUACAGUCGACAUGUACAGACGUGAGUUGAAAGUUAAAUUCGGAUCAUUAUUCGCAGAUGUUCACGGCAAUCGACCCAGUGAUAAAACGACGGUGUUCGUUUUUAAAGGCCUUGAUGCAGAGUGGUCAGAGCAUAAAAUAUUCACUGGUGAGUUCGGUGCACAGCUACCUAACGAACCCGCAGAAACGUACAGUGCCAAGGACGAUAUCUUCGCGGUCAACAUAACUGCCGGUGACCCCUCCACGAUAAGGGAUGAGGGUACGGCCGGCAACAUAUACGGAUUGCCCAAAUUAAAUGUGCUAAUGAAGUGCAUGGAUGUCAAAGCUAAAAAGAUUCAUCUAGUAGCUACGUUUGACGAUAAAGAUGCCGGGGCUUUCAAGCCAGAUGAAAGUCAAGACCCGUACGAGACCAUCCUCGCUGUCGGCUUGUUCGAGCCCACCGAUACCACUUAUUUGGGCAAUCCAGCAAUACCCAGCUACGUUGGCUUCGUGAACAAGCAAAUCAUGUGCAAUAAGAAAAAUGUCUAUUUCCCGGUGGAAAUAACAGGCGCAAAAGAGUUGAGUUACGAAGCGCGUAACAAGGGCUACGGAGAAUUGAAAAAGUAUCUUACCGAUCCAGCAAAAGCCCGAUCACUCACCGCAAAGCCAUUGAACUUGGGAUUUUCAUACACAACUCGUGAGCUCCUCACCAAGACACAAACAGCAUUGAAGGCACUCAUGGAAUACGAGAAGGUAAAAGACACCGCCUCAGAAAGCAAGAGAUUCAAGUCGUGUCUUUAA